AUGCCGACUCCCGAAUCCGCGCUCUUCAAGAGCCAAAAACCUGCCGUCGCACCGACAUUCAACGGUGUUGACUACGAUGACACCAAGGCCUUCAAGGCCGCCGAAGACGCCAUCAUCAGAGAACAAUGGGUCGGCGCCAUGAAGACCCGACUCGUUGGAGAGGAAUUGGGCAAAUGCUACAUGCGCGAGGGCGUUAACCACUUGGAAAACUGCGGUGAAUUGCGAGAGAAAUACUUGCAAAUGCUUGCUACGAACAAAGUCAAGGGAACCAAGUUCCUGCAACAAAACUAUGUCGAGCAGAAGGAUCAGGAACUGGAUAUGGCUGCCAAGGUUCACACCGCGGACAAGAUUGCCAAGAUCAACGGCGGCGCUCGGUUUUCUUCCUAG